AUGAGUGAUACAACGCCAUUGCUUGUCCAGUUCCCGAACAGCGGGCACCUGGGCCUGACGCGGUACCGGCGGUGCCGGCAGGCGGCGCAGCGGGCGCUCUCGUCAAAGUUCAAGCACUGGUUCGUGCUGACGCUCGUCGUGCUCGACGUGGCGGGCAUCUUGGCUGACAUUUGCAUCGCGCUCAUCACGUGCGAGCUCGACCGCGAAAACGAGCCCUGGGUCCAUCCCACGCGCGAGUCCCUCAAGGUGCUGGCCUUGACCUUGAGCAGUCUGUUUUUGGUGGAGUUGUUGCUUGAGCUGUGGGCUCAUGGUCCUCGACGGUACCUAUCCAACAAAAUCACCUGCUUCGAUGCCUUUGUCAUUGUAAUCAGCUUCGUGGUCGACGUGGCCGAGCACGGCGGCGUGGCCGAGGAGGUGGCCUCGCUCGUCGUGAUUCUGCGGCUCUGGCGGUUCGUCAAGAUUGCCGACGAGUUUGGCGUCGAGGCAUCGGAGCGCUGGGACGAGAUGGAGGAGCGCGUGGCGGCGCUGGAAAAAGAAAACUCGGACCUCCGCGAGGAAUUGCGCCGCUCCAAUAAGGCGCAGCCCGCUGACGAGGAGCAAGGCAUUCCUGACGAAGGUAUCGAGGAGGAACAGUAG